AUGGCUUUCGAGAAUGAUACUGUGAAGAAGAAACUUACCUUUGUGGGGGAUGAUUGCUGUGGAAAGACUUCACGUCUCCGAACUGCUCUUCUCGGCCUCUUUCCAGACACGUGGACUUGGAUAUUGCCCAAGGCCGUGCCCUUCGAAUCUGUACCAGGAACUUACCAGUGCCUCGUUACCACAGCGAGAGGGAAAGAAACAGUCGUGGACUUGGUUCUAUGGGAUACCGCCGGGGCUUUCGAAUAUGGCCGACUGGAUCCUCUGAAAUGGAUGAAAGUGGACGUGUUCAUUAUCUGCUUCGCCAUUGAUUCAAUUCCUUCCCUCGACGAGGUUGAAGACACGUGGCUGCCAAAGAUCAACCACUUUAAUCCCGUGACCCCGAUUAUCCUGGUCGGACUAAGAAAGGACCGCCGUGAUCAAGGGCAGGAUAGUGGAAAAGCAGGGUUUGUGACGUCAAGUAUGGGCGAGAAAGUGAGGAGUACGAUUGGCGCAUACAAGUAUGUUGAAAGCUCCAGCUUGGAAAGCGAGGGAGUCAACCAAGUGCUCGAACACGCUGCAGUGGUUGCCCUAUUGGGUCCGCCGAGGGAGAAUCCACGCAAGAAGCGGAAAACAUGGCUGAAGAGACAUGUCAAAUGUCUUAUUCUAUAGGACAUUGCUCGCAUUACCAUCCAGAUGCGGCGUCCUCGACGG